GAAAAUAAUUGAUAAAAUAGGUCCAAUAUAAUCAAUACAGGAGAUACGCGAUAAGAUACGAGUACUUAAUCAAUAUCAAUAAUGUAAUAUAUUUUGCUAUUUCCUUCUCUCCGUUUAUUAUGACAGUACGUGUGUUUUUGCAAACGUUAUAAAAUGGAAAGUGUUUCGAGGCCAGAAGCAACCAUCACCAAGAAACAAUUUGCGAGAAUUCACGAAAGAAUUCAAAACAAAUAUGAAGAAAUGCAGAAGAGACUUGAAAAAUCAAAAUCCAUUGAUAUGUUGCAAAAUGUGGGAGUAGAUUUUGAUUAUAAAAAUAAUAAAAAAUCAAGUGUAUAUGAUACGAAUGAGGUGGAUGAUGUUUUUGUGAUGUCCAAGAAUUCAAAUGAUAAACACGUCAAUACAAACAAUGCAAAUAAAUAUAAUGCUGUGUUUGAAGAUGUUAAAGUUAAAGAAGCUAUUAUUACAAAAUCUGUUUCGCUUCUAAGUUUAAACGACAAAGAUAGUGACGGUGAAGAUUUUGAAAAUAAUGUAUUCAGGAAUUCGUUCAAAACCAGCAUUGAAUCGCUAACCGAAGGUGCUAAAGAAAGUGAUGACUCUAACGAAUUGCAAACUCCAACACCUAAAUCUAUACGCAAAAGAAUCGGUUCACGUAUAACAGCUGUUAAAAAUAAAAGACAGGAAAAGAAAGAAAAGCGUGUGAAAGAAAAAAAAGACGUACGGGAAAAAGUGGAAAAGUUUGUUCUUUCAAAUUCAACAAAAUUAGACUUGACUGGAUUCGAAAAGAAAAUCAAAUGUGGAACGGUCACUGUUACUUUAAUCGAUGUAUCUGGCUUUGAAGAAAAUCCUGAAGAAAAACCAAGAUCAUUGAUUUGUAGAUUUAGGCUAGGCAACGAAAAACGUAAGUCAAAGUUGGUAAAAAGUAACCAAAGUGUUGUAAAAUUCCAGGAAAUAUUAAGUUUUGAACAAUAUGAAGAUGACAAUCAUUUAGAGGUUGUAUUAUGGGAUAGAGAUAAUCCUGUAGGCAGAACUGUGGUUGAUUUAACGUUAUUAAAAAAAGAAAAAACUCAUAAAUUGAAAAAUACACUAGAAGACGAAGCAAAAAACAUAAAAAUUUUUAUGCUUAUCACAAUUUCUGGAUCGUGUUUAGCAAAUACUUUGUAUGACAUUGAUGAAAACAAAUGUAGAGACAUAAUUUUAGCCUCGAGAAGAAAAUAUGCUUGGUAUCGUCUUUGUGGAGAGUUUACAAAAGUUGGUCACCUGUGGAUAGUUGUUUAUGGAGCCAAAGGAUUGUCAUCACACGAUUGUUACUGUGUUUUAAAUUUAAACAACGAGAGUGUAAGAACUGUUACAGAUUAUAAAACAAAUGCGCCUAGUUGGAUGAAAAUAUUCUCGUUCGUCAUCACUGACAUUACCUCAUCCUUGGAAGUUAUUAUUAACGAUGAGAAGAAAUGUGAGGAAGUAGGAAAAAUCACUAUACCACUUUUAGAGGUUGAUUCAGGAAAGAAGAAAUGGUAUGCCCUAAAAGACGUCACCCAAACUCAAGCAGCAAAAGGUCAAAAUGCGCGAAUACUUCUUGAAAUAAAUAUUUCUUGGAAUUUGGUUAAGGCUGCCGUUAGAGUUGUUAAUCUAAAGGAAGUUAAUUAUUUGCAAGCCGACGAAAAAUUAGACAGGCACAUAUUCGCGAGGAACUUGUCAAGAGCCAAAUCUGUUAUUUCGUGGAUAUUGAAUUUCUUGAAAAUUUUCAAAACAUGCUUCCAGUGGGAAUCUCGUAAAGUGAACAUUACAGCGUUAGUAGUUUGGACACUUUUCUGGUCCUUCGGAAAAGUGUGGAUGUCCCCACUUCUGCUACUCAUACCAUUUGUUGUCUAUAAUUAUGAAAGAAUAUCAUUUAUCAGGAAGUGGAAGAAAAUAAAUUCGGAAGAAUUGGAAAUCGAAUCUAAAUUGGAUAAGGAUGAGAAAAGUUUGUCUCUUCGUCAGAGGCUAAACAGUUGGCAGGAAAUGAUACAAGUAGUCCAGAACUCUAUCGGAAAAUUCGCAAGUCUUGGUGAAAGCGUUAAAAACUUGUACAACUUCUCGGUGCCUUUCAUCAGCUACUUGGCAAUCUUCAUUAUAGUUCUGAUUGCGUUCAUUAUGUAUUUGAUACCUUUCAACUAUAUUUGUAUUGUUUGGGGGAUUCAUAAAUUCACUCAAAAAAUAUUUAACCCCAACAGAAUACCUCACAAUGAAAUAAUGGAUCUGAUUUCGAGAGUACCAGACGAUGAGGCUUUGGAAAAGAGAAAGGAUAUACCCCUGGACAAUCUAUCUGAUGAAGAUGACCUGUAGAUCUGACGAAAUUAAAUGUGAGGAUGUAAUUAUUAUAUUGAUCUCUUGGAAGCAACCAAACGACCAUGGUGGUUGGUGGAUGUCUUUAGUGCGUUUUUAUUGAGCAGCUUAUUAAAUAAUAAUAAUCCGGUACAUUAUUAAUAACAAUUACUUCAAAAAAUUGUUGAGUGCCUCUCUAAAACAUGUAAGUUUUAUUUUUCGUGUGAA